GAAUUAGUUUUGAUUUAAAAACAUUAAAUAGUUUGUUUUAUUUGUAACAUGGUUUUGCAAAUAAAAUAUCUUAUUUCUUAACUUAUUCUGUAACAGUUAUGUUGGUUUUCAAUGUUAAAAAUGCUAGUUAAAAAUGUGGCUAACAAUUCUAAACUAUUAAAUUCUCGCUUUAGUAACACGGAGUUAGGCUUCGUGGUGUUUGGACUCACACUUAUUAGUUUUAUUGCGACAACUGCAAACAUUUGUGUUUUUAUUGCUUAUAUCAAAAAUCAGAGUCUUCGAACUGCUUCAAAUUGGUUGAUAUUGUCAUUAGCAGUAGCAGACACUUGGAUAAGUGCAAUUUCUAUAAAUUUUUAUACAGUUUAUUUGGUCUACGGUUAUUGGCCGUUGGGUAAAAUUGCAUGUAAAUUUUGGCUAUCAACAGAUUAUUGGUGCAGUCAAGCAAGUGUAGCCCAUUUAAUUGUUAUAUCAGUUGAUAGAUAUUUUUUGAUUAGAGUUCCUUUAAUUUACAGACCAGUACGAAAUUUACGUCUAAAGUAUGUUAUAUUUUUUGUAUGGUUUUUGUCGUUUGUACUUUGGGUACCGUGGAUAAUAUCUUACCAAUAUAUUGUUAGUAAACAAGAUGUUCCCGUGGAUAAGUGUUAUAUUCAAUUUCUUACUGACAGUGUUUUCUUGACAAUUUUUACCUCAUUAUCUGCCUAUUACGUUCCAUUGUUAACAAUGUUCUAUAUGUAUAUUAGAAUGUAUACUUUUUUGCAAAAACGUAAGCGUACCGUUGAUAGAGUUAAAGCUCCAAACUAUUUUAGCGAUUUAACUGUUACCUCGGUUAGCUGCGAUUCUGUUACCCAAUCAAAUACUUGUCUUGAGGUUGAUUCAACUGCAAACAAUAAAGUAUUAAGCCAGGCUUGUCAGACUCUACCAAAAAUAAAGUAUAAAAACUACGACAGAAUAAAAAAGUUAUUAAUUCUAAUUAUCCUUGCAUACGCAAUCACCUGGCUUCCUUUCAAUGCGUUUUCAGUUAUCUCAACGUUUUGUAACACCUGUGUUACAGCUCCUUUAUGGAAUUUUGGAUUUUUGUUUUGUUACAUUAACUCUCUAGUAAAUCCUUUUUGUUACGCAUUGGGAAAUAAAAGAUUUAAAGCUGCUUUUAAAUCCAUGUUUAUUUUUAAGGAAAUAAACAAAAAUCCUAAUAAAUAAGUUAGUAGCGGUGCUGUAACAAAAAUAAGUUUGUAAUUUUUUAUUUAUUUUUUGAUUAAAUUUAAAAAGCAAUUUGCGUUUACUAAGAGAAUAUCCGACGCUAGUAACGGCAGAUACUUUACAAUUUGAACUCUUGAAAAAAAGCUGUGUAAGGACAAUCAUCGUCAGACCAGCGCGAAUAUGAACUAUUAUAUAUAAUUUGUCUUAUUUAUAUAUUUUCAGGUUGGUGAGUUAUAGAAACUAGAUAAUACCAGGGGCGAGUCUACGGGGGUGGGGAAAAGUUUCUUAAAAAAAAUUCUUCCCUGAAAAAGGUGAACUUCAGGUUACAGGGAUUUUUUUGUAGAUUAUUGUCGGUUAGUCGAGCAUUUAACACAUUUCAUUCUGGUGAUUUUUUAUUUUGAAGACUUUUUUUCAGAAAGCUGACGGUUCUUUUGAUUUGCGCUCUCUUUUUCUCCCCCUCGUCUACCUUCAUUUUAUUCAUAGAAUUGCCCCUAAAUAUUCGACCUAAUCAUUUCAACAAAUUAUAGUACAUCUUUUAGGACUAUUUUAAGACGGACUAGUAUACCUGUGUUCCAUCAAAAAAAAAAAAAAUUUUUUUUGAAUUUAGUAACUUUUCUAAGGACUUUGUUGUAACCUUUCAAACUUUUAAUAACUUUUAGUAACUUAUACCUUGCUAAACUUUAAACAUAAACUAUACCUUGUUAAACAAAUAAAUGAAAUUUUAGUUACAUUUGUUUACUUUAUUUAUUUACGGUGUUUAAUUUUUCACGGAAUUUACCUUUCUCGAAAACUUGCUUUUGUUUUUUUCUCCGCAUUUGUAAAACUAGAAUUAUUUUAUUGCAUUAGCUAAGAAUUGUUUUUUUUUAAUUGUUUUAUUUCAAUUAUAAGUUUGCAGGUGUUUUAAUUUAAAAUUUUUGUUGUCGGCAUAAUUUUAACAUAGUUUCCAAUUUAUUUCAAGCGUAAUAUAUUCUGAUUUUUCGUUUGCAUAUUUCUUAUUGUAAGAUUUGUGAAUUUCUACGUGAUAUAGACUUUAUUUGUAAAACAUAACGACACAAUAAAACACUGUUGUUAUAGAAUAACAACAGCCUAUAUUUUUAUAAUCAAUUUAUAAUCAAUUUUUUCUAUGGUUGCCAUAAACCAAAUGCUUGCUAAAUUCAUUACUGUCGCCCUACAAUUGACCAAAGUAUAAUUU